AUUUUAGUUCAUGUUGAAGGUAUCCAAUUAGCAGAGCCAGAGAUUCUAUAAAGGUUGUAAUCUUGAGCGCUUAGCGCUUUAGUUGGUUUGGUCAUCUUAGCCGCGAAACAAAAGUCACCUUUAAACUAUAAAAGAUGAAUAUUCGAAGUCCUUUUUGGAUUCUAUUCCUAAGCUGGCCCUUUGUGCAAUCCACUUUGAUAUUUAACACAAAUUCCGAGUUUGGUAUUUUCAUGGCCAUAGCAAUUCCGCUUUCCUUAAAGAAUCGCAAUGUGUUUCUUUCCUUCAGUUAUGAGUUCAACUAUUAUCAGCCGGAGCAUUUAUACAAAUAUCCUCCAAUUUUGAUGGGGGAUUUCGAGGACAGUUAUCUGACAUAUAGUACCACUGGAGGUGAAGGAGCUACAAGCAGCAGAAGAUCAAUUUCUUCAGACGAUUCUAAAAACAGCACCAAGGUGCGGCCUCAACGUUCUCUACCCGCCAUGAGCAGAACAAACUUUUAUAUCAUGCUGAAGGAUAAGUUAAAAAGAACUGGUUAUCCGGAGGAGCCUUGCCUCCAACGUCUUAUUUGUGAAACAAAUACUUCGACGCUUGGCCAAGUUAAUGGACUCUUGGGAACCCUAGUGCAUAUCAUCUUCACGCCUAGCAGCUCGAGUGACGAACACCUCGACAAAGAGUACUAUCAAGCCGAAUGGGAUGGGCGACAGAAUGGCGACUGCUCACAGUAUGCCAUCCAAUGUAAAGAGAAUGUUUUGGAUCUGAUCUCAAGGCCGUUGGAUGAAAUUCUUCGGGAAGUAGUGGACCAACGAAAUGGAAGACAAUAAACUGGAUGUUCGGUCAGCUUCUUGGAUACGCACCUUUCUUGCCUGCUUUUAUCAAAAUUUAGUCAGCAGUUGGUAUCGAAACGCUCCCAUUGUCAGUUGAGCAUCGGAAAUCGGUUACAUUAAAAGUUAUUGUU